AUGGAUGCAAUCGCCAGCGGCAGCCUCAAGAGGAAGUUUGAAGAUGUGGAUGUGGGCUCGCCUGUCUCCAACUCGGACGAUGAGAUCUCCAACAGCGACAGCGCCGACAGCUGCGAUAGCCUCAACCCCCCAAGCACCAUGGGCUUCAUACCCACGUCCAUCCUGAAGAGGCAGAAGCAGCCACGCAGGAAGAAUGUGCGUUUUGACCAGGUGACCGUGUACUAUUUUGCCCGGCGCCAGGGCUUCACCAGUGUGCCCAGCCAAGGGGGCAGCUCCCUGGGCAUGGCCCAGCGCCACAACUCCGUCCGCAGGUACACGCUGUGCGAGUUCGCCCAGGAGCAGGAGGUGAAUCAUCGGGAGAUCCUCCGGGAGCACCUCAAAGAGGAGAAACUCCACGCCAAGAAAAUGAAGCUGACCAAGAACGGCACAGUGGAGUCGGAGGAGGCGGACGGCCUGACCCUGGAGGACGUGUCAGACGACGACAUUGAUGUGGAGAACGUGGAAGUGGACGACUAUUUCUUUCUGCAGCCCCUGCCCACCAAGCGGCGCCGAGCCCUGCUCCGGGCCUCCGGGGUUCACCGCAUCGAUGCUGAGGAGAAGCAGGAACUGCGCGCCAUCCGCCUGUCGCGAGAGGAAUGCGGCUGCGACUGCCGCCUGUACUGCGAUCCCGAAGCCUGCGCUUGCAGCCAAGCUGGAAUUAAAUGCCAGGUGGAUCGCAUGUCCUUCCCAUGUGGCUGCUCCAGGGACGGCUGCGGGAACAUGGCCGGGCGAAUAGAAUUUAAUCCCAUCCGGGUACGGACUCACUAUCUCCACACCAUCAUGAAGCUGGAGCUGGAGAACAAGCGGCAGGUGAGCCGGCCCCAGGCCCUGGAGGAGGAGUCUCUCCACGGCUCUGGCAACGACUGGCUGGGAACGCAGCCCUCGGAGACGCAAGACUUCCAGGAGUUCAUGGCGGAGAACGAGACAGCUGUCAUGCACCUGCAGACGGCGGAGGAGCUGGAGAGGCUGAAGGCUGAGGAAGACUCCAGUGGCGCCAACAUAGAGAGCUUAGGAGUGUGCAUCCUUGAGGAGCCUCUGGCCGUGCCUGAGGGGCUGUGCCCAGGCCUACCCACGCCUAUCCUCAUUCAAGCCCAGCUCCCUCCGGGCUCGUCUGUCCUGUGCUUCGCAGACAGCACCGAGCAGGCAGCCUCGGCUGUGGGCGACCAGUCCUACUUGAACAAUGGGCCGGUGGUGUACUACCAGGUGGACCAAAGGUCCAUGCUGGGGGUGAAGGGCGAGAGUGGCACGGAGGAGUCGGAGAUGCCCUCUCCUUACACGAAUGAGAAGGAUCUGAGCGUCUUCUCCGUCCCCGUGGCCUCGCUGGUGCCGUGCAGCAGAGCCAUGGCCCCGAGCAAGACGGAGACGGGGAAAGUAGCCACCUUGUCUCUGGAGCCCUCCCCGCCCCACGAGAGCUGCAGGGCAGCCGCAGCUCCCCCGUUCCGUACAAACGCUCCGUCGUCUGGACCGGAGCAGGCCCCGGAGAGAGCGUGUGAGCUGCCUUCCCCGGAGGAGCGCUCCCUGGGGCCCGCCCUGGCCGUGUGA